AUGGGAAUUGGUGAUUACAACAAUGUAAUCAAAUCUCAAGACAUAAUUGGUGGGAGUUUAGUGACUGAAAGAGAAUACAUUGAUCUGACAAAUAUGAUGGAAAACACUUGCUUAAGUGAAAUGGACAGCAUUGGGGAUCAUUUCACAUGGUCUAAUAAACAAGCAGUUGGUCCCAUUUACUCUAGAAUUGAUAGAGUGUUAGGCAAUACUGGUUGGUUCCUCACUAAUUUGGAGACUACUCUUAAAAUCCUUCCUCCUAAUAUCUCUGAUCAUGCCAUGUUGUAUCUGGUUACUAGCCAAACUCAGAGGAAAUCCCCCAGACAUUUUAAAUUCAGCAAUUGCAUUACUGAUAUGCCUGGCUAUGACACUUUGGUUAAGAAGAAUUGGGAAGGCCUCCUUAGAGGUAGUCCAAUGUGUGUUCUCUGGCACAAGAUCAGGCGUUUGAAACAGGAUCUGCAACAAUUCAACAAACCUAUUUCUGAUGUUAAGACCAAAUUGGUAUCUGCUAGAACUAAUCUAAAAGAAAUCCAAGAGCAGCUGAGGAGUGACAGAUUGAACAACAAUUUGAUUUUGACAGCAAAAGAUCUGACUGAAGAAAUCAUAACUUUGAAUGAAAUGGACUGGAAGAUUCUGCAACAAAGAGAAAAGAUUGAUUGGAUCAAAAAGGGAGAUGGCAAUAAUCAAUAUUUCUAUGCUGCUAUCAAGGCCAGACAUCAUUCCAAUUGUCUUAACAACCUGAAAAAACGAGAUGGCAGUCAGACCAAUUCCAUAUCAGACAUUGAAGAGGAGGUGCUUAACUUCUACAGCAACUUAAUUGGCAAAAAUACUGAAAACAUCAAUCACAUUGAUAUUGAGGCCAUGAGAAUGGGGAAGCAGCUUGACAAUUACCAAAGGGAAUACCUUAUCAGACCUAUAUCAGAAAAUGACAUAACCACAACUCUUAAGGGGAUUGGAGACCUCAAAGCACCAUGUUUGGAUGGAUUUGGAGCCAAGUUUUUAAAAAGCAGCUGGGCAACUAUAAGAGAAGAUGUGAUAGCAGCUGUGGGGGAAUACUUUGAAACAGGAAAAAUCUACAAAGCUUUCAACAAUGAUGUUGUGUCUUUAAUUCCUAAAGGGCAAAGUGCUUCUGAAAUCCAAGAUUACAGACCUAUAGCUGUCUGCACCACUUUUUACAAGAUUAUUUCAAAGAUCCUGACUAACAGAUUAGGAGCUGUCAUUUCUAGUAUGGUAAAUCAUAAUCAAGCAGCUUUCGUACCAGGUCAGAACAUCCACCAGCACAUCAUGCUUGCUACUGAGUUGCUUAAGGGUUAUAACAGGAAAGGAGGCACACCUAGAAUCAUGAUUUAA